CCCUUGCAUGUGGGUAUUAUUCGGUAUAGUUGGCUGUGCUGCGUGGAUACCACAACUGCACGAACCGACCUAGUCUCAUUUGUCUCCAGCGAAGCUGUGAAAAGACUCUGUGGUUAACCCUGGUUUUUUCUAUAAACCGGUUAAUAAGAUGGAGUUAAAAUAUCUAGCGAUUCUUUUGGUUCUUGCUGUGGUUGUGUAUCGAGCCGAAUCUCAGGGUUCAGGCUUUGUAAUAAAAGGCGACAAAGGUGAUCAGGGAGAUAGGGGUAAUCCAGGUCCAGACGGAGGUCGUGGCCAACCAGGUCAAAAUGGCCCACCAGGUUUUGAUGGACCCCAAGGAAACCCUGGACCAAAAGGCCCUUCAGGCCCACCUGGUCCACCCGGCUCAGGCACAAUUGGAACUGGGAAUAUUAUUCACAGACCAGGACCACCAGGUCCACCAGGUCCCGAUGGUGCAGAUGGUCCAAGAGGCCGAGCCGGAUACAAGGGAGAAGCUGGACCACAGGGUCAUGAAGGAUCACGAGGUCCUCCGGGAGAUCCUGGUCCAUCCGGAGACAUUGGAGACCCUGGGGCUGCUGGAGAACAGGGCGCAAAUGGUGCUAAAGGUUAUCAGGGAGCUCGUGGAGAGGUUGGACAAACGGGUGAGCCCGGAGUCGCGGGCGAAAAGGGUAUUCGUGGAUUCAAAGGUGAUCGUGGAUGGCGUGGAGAUACUGGUCCACAGGGAUCCAAAGGGGAACAAGGAAGUCCGGGCACUGCUGGGUCUGCUGGUUCUGAUGGACGAGAUGGGAACGCUGGUCAAGAUGGCGAAGCUGGACAGAAAGGAGAUCAAGGAUCCCCAGGAGAUCGGGGCGAACCAGGUGCCCCUGGUGAAAGUGGUCCUGCCGGUUAUCCUGGUGAAGAAGGUCCUGUUGGUGUAUCUGGCCCACCUGGUGCUGCAGGCAAUCCUGGUAGCCAAGGUGAUAAGGGUCCACAAGGAGACGAAGGUCCUGAGGGUGCUCGUGGAGACCCAGGCAGUGAAGGAGCCGCUGGUGAACAAGGAGAUCAAGGCGAACCUGGUCCUGCCGGUCCUGUUGGUCCCAAAGGUUCCACCGGCGAUGCUGGCGAGCAGGGUAACCAAGGAUUAACCGGACCUCCUGGCCAACAAGGUUCCCAAGGUGAAGACGGUCAACCUGGUGAAGAUGGUGAAAGGGGUGACGAUGGAUAUCCCGGUUCACCUGGUAGACCUGGUGAUAACGGAGAACCUGGUGAACAAGGAGCUCCCGGUCCAGACGGAAAUGAAGGUCCACAAGGAGAGCGGGGUCGAACUGGAGCUCCCGGACCACCUGGCAGGAUUGGCGAUCCCGGUGCCAAGGGUGCAAGCGGUGUUCGUGGUGCAGUCGGAGCAAAGGGUCCCAAAGGUCCAAGUGGUCAAAAAGGUGAACCCGGUUUACCAGGUCCAAUUGGAAUCCGAGGCGAACAGGGAGAGGCUGGUUUAGACGGUGACCCAGGUGACCCAGGAGAUCGGGGUGCCCAAGGUAGAGCUGGUGAGAAUGGUGAAGACGGCAAACCUGGUAUUGCUGGUCCUCCUGGUGAUGCUGGUUCCCGCGGAGAGAAAGGUGCCAGUGGACCUCAAGGGCCUCCAGGUCGCAUGGGAUCAAGCGGUUUGAAUGGUGCUCAGGGUGAUCAAGGUGAACGAGGACCCAAGGGUGCGAAAGGAAAGGCUGGAGAGAAGGGAUCAAUGGGCGAGCGCGGUCCUAUGGGCGAGAAAGGAAGAGAGGGUAAAAACGGUUUGGCAGGUGCUCGUGGUGAUCCAGGUGCAGUUGGUCCUGAUGGUCCCGAGGGUAUUCAAGGCGAACAAGGAGCUGUUGGCGCAGCUGGUGCUCCUGGUCCUGCUGGGGCUCCUGGUGAGCCAGGUAGAGAGGGUGCAACUGGAAACCCCGGUCUCCAAGGGCCACCUGGCCCACAGGGCGGCCGCGGUCCUGCGGGUCGUGAUGGUGAUCCUGGACCAACUGGUAAUGUUGGUAGUGAUGGACGACCGGGUCCCCAAGGUGCACGCGGACCACAAGGACCCAUGGGCUCACCAGGACAUCAGGGUCAUCCUGGCGUUGAUGGCAUUCCCGGUACUGAUGGCGGUCCAGGCACAAGGGGUGAGCAAGGAGAAGCUGGUAAACGUGGAGAAGAUGGUGUAGAUGGCCGAAGGGGUGACGAUGGUGAACGAGGUGUCGACGGUUUACAAGGACCCGCAGGCAAACGCGGUGAACAAGGUGAUGCGGGUCCACCUGGUAUGAAUGGUGCAAGAGGAAAUCCGGGUCCCAAUGGUGACACAGGCCCACAUGGACCUAAAGGUCAAGAAGGUGCUAGGGGUUCAAUUGGUAAUGUUGGUGACCAAGGGCCAAUGGGCGCUAAGGGAAUCAAGGGUGAAGCUGGUGAUCGUGGACAGAAAGGUGAAGCAGGUGAAGUUGGACCAAAGGGUUUCACUGGACCAAAAGGUCCACGGGGACCUGACGGUGAUUCUGGUUUAGUCGGCCCAGAUGGAGCUCGUGGUCUUCCAGGUCUUCAGGGAAGCCCAGGCGUGAAGGGCCCUGCUGGUCAACGUGGUCCAAUUGGUAAUGCUGGCAAACCAGGCGCUCCUGGCGAACAAGGUCCAAAUGGUGGUCGUGGCGCUAACGGUGCACCAGGCGCUUCGGGAGCUGACGGUGCAGACGGCCAACCCGGAAAUGCAGGCGCACAAGGCAAUCCGGGACCUAUGGGACCCGCUGGAGCAACGGGUGCACCAGGAGAUGUUGGUGACACCGGCCUUCCUGGACCAAAGGGACAACAAGGUAGCACAGGCCCACCAGGUCCACCGGGUGAACCAGGUAAUACGGGAGAGCGAGGUACCGACGGAGAUGAUGGCGAAGCAGGAAACAGCGGACCUCCUGGUCUUCCUGGAAAGAACGGAAGAAACGGCGAAAAUGGUAGCCCUGGUCGAAAUGGACCUUCUGGACCUAAAGGCGAAUCCGGACAACCUGGUGAACCGGGUGAAGCAGGAGAACUUGGAGCAGCCGGACCGCCAGGAUUCGCCGGACCUCGAGGACCAGUUGGCAACCCUGGCCCUGCAGGUACCGACGGAGAAGAUGGUAGCCCAGGUCCACAAGGUGAUGUUGGAGAGGCAGGGAAACAGGGUUCAAAGGGAAAUCGUGGCGAUCCUGGCGCACCAGGAGGUGACGGUUUAGCAGGCGAAAAGGGAGACAAAGGAUGGAACGGUCCGCGAGGUGAAGCUGGGCCACAAGGUCCACGGGGUAAUCAAGGUGAACCUGGUACAUUGGGUGAAGCUGGUGUUGACGGCGAUAUUGGUCCUAAGGGUGCUCCUGGACGAUCUGGACCUGCCGGACCACCAGGGCCAACGGGUGAACCCGGAGAUCGUGGUUAUCCCGGACGUAGAGGUGCCCAAGGAUCUGACGGUAUGCCUGGUGCGAUGGGAGCUCCUGGUGUAAUGGGACCACCGGGUCCACCUGGAGGUUUACCACCUCACCCCGACCCUAAUGCGGUUAAAGGCAACAUCCCAGACGAAGGACCUGGACCAAGACGUUUCCGAUAUUACAACAGCCAAUUGGAAAAAUUGGACAAAACUGACUUGACGCUUGAGGAUGCGCUCAUGAACAUGAUGUAUGGUUUGGAUGAAGAUUUACUGAAAAGAGAGAGUGCUGAUGGGUCAAUGGAAUACCCAGCUGUAUCUUGUAGAGCAAUCAAGGAUUGCCACCCAGAGAAAACUGACGGCUAUUACUGGAUUGAUCCCAACCAAGGCAGCACCAUGGACGCAAUGAAAGUUCUUUGUAACUUCACUAGCGAAUACUCUUCAACAUGUGUCUUCCCUACCAAGAAGAUCGAAAAUAAUGCCUGGAGUUCUCUAAAGAAUGGCUGGUUCAGCGAACUUUUCGGAAAAGACAAAUCAAUCCAAUACUCAGACCAUCAAUCACAAUUCGCCUUCCUGCAAGUCAUGAGCCAACGGGCCAGUCAAACGAUCACGUACCAUUGCAAGAACUCAGUUGCCUGGUUAGACGAGAAAUUGAACUCACACGAUAAAUCUAUCAAAUUACUUGCCCUCAACGGAUAUGAAUACAGCAAAGAUGGACAUACGAACGCACAACCUAAAGUAAUCAGUGACGGAUGCAAGACACGAAAUAGCGAAUGGAGGAAGACCAUUUUCGAAUUGGAGGCAAAAUCGUCGAUCGCCCUACCCAUUAUUGAUGUUGCGCCUCAAGACAUGGGAGACAAUAAAGAAUUCGGAGUAGAACUCGGACCCGUGUGUUUUAUAGGUGUAUAAGAGAUACGAAUAAAGAACAAUAACAAAUGACUGAGACUGGAUCAUUGUUGUAUAAUCGAUCACGGGUCGAUCGUGAGCCAUAUAGAUAGAAAAUAAAGAUCCAAACUUCUUUAAAAAUUA